GUUCGACACACAACAAUAUCCUGGCAAGUCAUUUCUCAUAAGACUGAUCUCAGCUGUAUGGGCGGAAUGGAAAUCUCUGGUUGUAAUUUUGAUGGUGAAUUUAGCUCACUGGUGUAUGAAGAGGACUUGCAGGACAACUCGGAGAAUCCUUCUUACUCCCAAUCCAACCAAGACAAGCAACAAGUGUCCACGCACAGCAUGACACCUUGGAGACAUUGCAGCCUGGCUGCAGUGAGCCUGGCGCUACUCGCUGCUGUUCUACUCACAGUUGAUAUUGGCCUGGGGGUCCACUGCAAGUCAACGUUACAGUGUACGCCGCAAGACAACAAACUCACAGACACCCUCCUCACAAGUUGUGAUCCAGAACACGUCAACAAUGAGUUGGCCAAACUCCAGGAUACAUACAAGACCGCAAACGAAACCCUGCAGGGGGUCAAGAAGCAGCUGGACAGUGAGAUGAGUCGUCAGAAACCAAUCAACUGGGAGCUGGAACACCAGACAAGAAGAAGCAAAGACUAUGAAGUGCAGCUUGUUAAAAUGACUCAGGACCUUGCAGCACUGAGAUACCAAUUACCAAUGAUUAAUGAUGGCUGCAGACUCUGUCCACCAGGAUGGAUUUUGAUGAACUCAAUGUGUUACUACUUCUCCUUCUCUGACAAUAUUGGAAAAUCGUGGAAAAACGCCAGAGAUUACUGCCAGCUGUAUGGAGGUGACCUCGCAGUCAUAGACAGCAAAGACAAAGAGAACGCAACUGUAAACCACUUAAUGACCAACAAACGCAUCUCACAAAUCACCGUGGGUGGUCUUGGAUUCUGGAUUGGACUGAGAGAUUUCCACAAGGAAGGGUCUUGGAAAUGGGUGGACGGAACAAUACUGUUUGAGGGGUACUGGAAUGAUGGAGAACCAAAUAAUAACAGGGGGGACCAGGAGGACUGCGGAGCUGUGUUGGCCAGAGAAAACUUCUUCCAGGCUUGGAACGAUGUUAAGUGUGGAACGCCACAGAAAUGGAUUUGUGAAAAAGCACCAGCUUCUAUGAGUUAACACAGGUUUAGUGCAUUUGCUCUCAUGCUCAACUGUUAGAGAUACAUUCACCUCAGAGACUUUAAGACAUCUUCUGAAAUCUUCCGUAAUGAAAAACAGAAUCUUUCAGGAGCAAUUUAAUGAACCAGAAACACUUCAAAUUAAUAUCCCUUCUUAGCAUUUAUAAGCAGUAUACAAACAUUUAAUACAUAAUAAUGUAGUUGUAAGCCGCUUUAAGGACAUUUUUACACUGUAUUAAUAUACAGUAUCCUUUUAGAACUUAUUUCAUAUUAUCACCACUGUGUUUUCCUAUAUUAUCAUUCAUCAUCUGUUUAUAUACCAGUCUUAUGGACGUCCACAGAAGGAGUUAUAGUUGUGGACAAAUACAUAAAUAAACUGCUUACAUUAUAGUGUGUAAUGGAGCACAUUUAUUCAAUGUGUGUAUACUGUUUAUACAUGCUAAAGUAAAGAGUUACCAACCAAUUCAAGAUCAGCAACCAAAAGUCAAUGCUACCUGCAAAUAAUAAUAAAAGAAUAACAUUAUGUGCUAGAAUUGUUGUUGUUUACCAAGAUGGCACCAGAAUAUGCUGGCAAGCCGAGAAUAGCUCUCACUUUGUUAAUAAAACUUCACUUAACUUCUGUACA